ACACCAGCUUCGAAAAAAGAUGUAUUAUUUUGCUGUAUUUGGUUUAGUAAUUUUACUCUCCGCUGAGACGUAUUCAAACGGUGUGCCUGCUUUUCGUAUUCAACUAAACGGAGACGAAAAAAACAUGAUUGUAAAUGCUAUAAACCAAGCAAGGAGAAAUGUUACCAGUGCAAGCAACAUGCAUAAGCUAGUUUGGGACGAAUCGCUAGCGAACCAGUCAUUUGCCCAGGCUCACUAUUGUCCAUAUAUGCACUUAAACACCCAAGGUUUCGGCGGGGCAUAUGUGACUAGACUCGAUAAAAACGGGACUGUAGCUCGGUUAAGUGCUACUCUAUCUGCUACUACAGCUAUGGUAAAAUUCACGUAUGUGUUCCGAAAUAAUACGUGCUUGGGCGCACUCGCUCUUUGUGAGUUAUACAAGCAAUUGGUAAAAGGAGAGUCCACAAAAGUUGGGUGCGCUGUUUUAGAAUGCCGUCCUGCAGUUACUCGAAGCGCCUUAUGUCUCUUGACUCCGAACCAGAAUAAAACAAUUCGACCGUAUAGUUUUGGUCCUAAAUGCUCAAUGUGUUCUGCCAACUAUUCUGGCUGCGAAAAUGGUCUCUGUGUUGUUCAAACACCCCAAAUUAUGAUGAAUUCUACAAGUACCCCUAAUUCCACCCAAAUGAUGAUGACCCCACAUAAGUACCGACACCCGACACCCCCAGCCAUGAUCACACGACCAAGAAAUUCUUCGAUGGCUUACACCCAAACAAGUGUACCGUAUUUAACCACUAGUUCUGUCGCUAUACCAUCGCUGUAUUUGCCCCUUGCUUUAGCACCUCUUAUGCUUCUAUCAGUUAUAAAUGCUUGCUUUUAAAUCGGAACUGUACCCUACAUUUUCUGCUUUAAUAUAUACAUAUAUAUAUGUCUGAUGCAAACUGUAUAAUCAAAGUAUUCGUGUGACUUAUUUAUUCAUUUCUAUAUUAUGAUUAACAAGAGAUAAAUUUGAUCAAUGGUAUUUUAAAUCUAAACAUUUAUUUUGAAUUUCAUAAAUAUUUUUUUUGAUUUGGUUUUGGUCAAAAGUUUAUAGGAUAUAAAAAUUUAGAAUUAAAAGAUUUUAACAAAAUAAUAAGUACAAGAACAACUGUUUAACAAACAGUGCCUGGCUGUACUAACAUUCAUUCAUUCAGUCAUUUAACGUACCCAAAAAGAAAAAUUGUUCGUUGGCGAUCUAAUGUAUCUACGUGCUCAAUAAGCCAGUUAAAUGAAUGAAAUUAAUAAAUGAAUAAAUGAAAUUUAUUUUGUCUCUUCGGUCACGAUUACGAAGAACAAGAGAGUUGACAAAAGCGAAAAGACGGGUAGUAAAGGUAAAACAACAGUCGUUAUAUAACACGCUAAUUGAUAAAAAAAUGAAAUAAUGUUUGAAUAAAAAGCGCGACCAUUACCCCUAGUUUGUGUUUUCAAUUGCUGUUGUUUUUAUUGAAGUAGAAAAAUUACGCAUUUAGAACGUUGUGAAUCAGAACGAAAUAUUUUAUAGAGUAGGCCUAUUCACGUCAUUGAGGAAAGAGGUCACUAGUUUACGAAAACACAUUCAUGUUAGAACCUAACUGCAACAACAGUAUCAUUUGCAGUUGUAUUGGUUACAAAAAAAACAGCGUUUUAACUGUACGGACAUAUCUGUUAUCAGCUAAGAAAAUAUGUAUUUUAGUGGAUUGGCUUUAGUACUUCUACUGUCCGCUGAGGCGUAUUCUAUAACUCAAGUGUUAUUCGCACUGGACAAAUUACGGAUUGUUAGUUCGUUAAACAGAGCUAGAGAAGGGCCAAUAAAUGCUAGUAAUAUGCACAAACUGGCAUGGGACGACGCUCUGGAGAAACGGGCCAUUAAAUUGGUUGAUAAUUGCUUUUAUUCGCACUCUGAUAUAAAUGGUCUUGGAAGCGCUUUUCUUACCAAUUUCCCUAACAACGCCGGAGGGGGAUCUGUAGUGGCAAAAAUGCUGAUACAAAGUUUCACCAUGAAUGAGUACAAGUACGUGUACGAAAAUAAUACGUGUUCUGGUAAUGUUUCUAAAUGCAAUACCUACAAGCAAUUGUUAAAAGGAGAGUCUACAAAAGUUGGGUGCGGAAUUGCUCUGUGUAAGUCUAAUUCAAAACGAAGCGCUCUAUGUCUCUUGUCGCCGAACCAGAAUAAAACAAUUCGACCAUUUACUUCUGGUCCUAAAUGCUCUAUGUGUACCGGAAACUAUUCUGGCUGCGAAAAUCGUUUCUGUGUUAUUCCAACACCCCAAAUUAUGAUGAAUUCUACAAGUACCUCUAACUCUACAACUACACAACG